AUGGAUGUCUUUGAACAAGGACUCUCCACACAACAAAAUGGAACCCAGGAAUCAAAUAUUGAUGUGAUCAGCCUGGACUCAUCACUAUCUUCGGAACAAGAAGCUGAAGUGGAAAAUAACAAUGCAUCUUCGACUAGCACUUCCUCCUCCAAGAUCUCUAGGAGUAACGAUAUCUUAUCUGAGUCCCUAAACAUAAUAGAAUAUGAAAUUCCAAGCCAUGAACCUAUGACCUAUAAAGAUGCAAUACAUUACAAUCCCACCAAAGAAGAUUGCUACAAGACAAGACUUUGUCUGAAAGCUAUAGGUAUUUCCAAGUUCAUCGACCUCUCGUUAUCAGAAACACCAGGGGCAAGUGAUUUUGUUUAUCUUAUUAAGUUACUCGGGUUCGCACCCAAAGAAUAUCCUGAGGAUGAAAACUCUACCGAAACGGUAUACACAUUGGUCAAGUAUCUUCAGAGAGCAAUGCAUAGAGUAAUUACCACGAGGACAAAGAAGCUGGAUUUUCACACUAUAGAUCACCUAAUAGAAGCUAUAAAAACUUCUAAAAACAUCUUGGUACUCACCGGAGCAGGUAUAAGCACCUCAUUAGGUAUUCCAGACUUUAGAUCAUCUGAAGGAUUUUAUACCAAGCUGCAGGAACAAGGAUUGGAUGAUCCUCAAACAGUGUUUGAUCUUGAAUACUUCAAACAGGAUCCCUCCUUGUUCUAUAGUAUUGCUCACCUAGUUCUGCCUCCGGAAGGUUCUUUUACUCCUCUCCAUGGAUUCAUCAAGUUGCUUGCCGAUAAAGGUAGCCUCUUAAGAAACUAUACCCAAAAUAUUGACAACCUAGAGGCUAAUGCAGGAAUUCCGUCGGAGAAAGUCAUACAAUGUCAUGGCUCAUUUGCUACAGCUUCUUGUAUUACAUGUAAAUACAAAAUUCCUGGAGAAACCAUUUUUGAAGAGAUAAGAAAUUCGGAAUUACCUUUAUGUCCUUUUUGUAUAAAACGGAGACAAAAAUUGAUUAAGGAGAUUGAAGCAUUGGAUGACUCGGAGCAAGGAAUUUCCAGGCAUUCGUUUUCAUUUCUUGGUUCCACCGUGAAAAGAUCGUAUGCUGAAAGCUACGGAGUUAUGAAACCUGAUAUUACAUUUUUUGGUGAAGAUUUGCCUAGAGUUUUUCAUGAUAAUAUUAUUCAAGAUGUCAAAAACUGUGAUUUAUUAUUAUGUAUUGGAACAUCGCUUAAAGUCGCCCCGGUAAGUGAAAUUGUGAACAAAGUCAAGCCUGAAAUUCCACAAGUUCUUAUCAAUAAAGAUCCUGUGACCCAUACGGAGUUUGACAUCUCUCUCUUAGGUUAUUGUGAUGAGCUUAUAGUUUAUCUUUGUGAGGCAAUGGGAUGGAAAAUUGACCAUCCAAAAGUAGAUGAACUUCUCGACUCAAUUGAAGGGCUGAUGGAACUGGAAGGGGAAUCUGGGAGAUACCAGCUGGUUUUAAAGGAGGAAGAAAGCCAAGAAGUUACUCAGUUGCAAGCUACGCCAAUUGAAUCAUCCCAUAGACAAUUUCAAGAAGCAUCCCUAAUGGGGCUGUAA